AUGGCGAAACAGUUCAGGAAGAAGGUGUUGAGUCGAGAAGAUGAUGAAGAUGAGACUGCACAAAACAGAAGAGAGAAAGAGAGAGGGGUUAAACGACAACCAACUUCCCCACAUGAAGCAAAUGAUGACGAUGACGGUUCAGAGUCUGAACAAGAGAGAUUGCGUGAUCAAAGAGAGAGGGAGCAAUUGGACCGUAAUAUAAGGGAGCGGGAUGCAGCAGCAACGCGAAAGCUAUCAGAGCAAAAGCAGGCUUUUACCACUCGGAGAAGCAAUAUUGUUGGCGACGUUGAAACUUUAAGAAAAGUUUCAAGACAAGAAUAUUUAAAGAAAAGAGAGGCAAAUAAAUUAAAGGAGCUUGGAGAAUCUAUAGAAGAUGGGGAGUACUUGUAUAAAGGCGUUAAGCUUACUGAAGCGGAAUACAAUCGAUUAAGUUACGAGAAGAAAAUAUAUGAGCUUGCGACGAAGCAUGAAGCUGCUACUCAUCAUGAUCAUGAUCAUUACUACAGGAUUCCGGAACCCUAUGACGAUCAUGAGGGCGGUGUUAAUCAGGAGAAGCGAUUCUCGGUGGCUUUACAGCGUUGCUGGGAUGAUGACCUGAAUGCCAGGGAUAAAAAAUCGAACCCUUUUGCAGAACAGAAGGCCUGGGAGGAUCAGCAAAUUGGGAAGGCAACAUUGAAGUUUGGUUCGAAAAACAAAAGGCGAAAAUGUGAUGAGGAGUAUGAUUUUGUAUUUGAAGACCAGAUUGAAUUUGUCAAGGCGUCAGUACUACUGGAGGGUGAUCAGAUGAUUGCUAACGGUAAUGUUGAUGUCGGGAAAUUACAACCAUCCCAUCAGUUGGAUAAGCUGCGGGAGGAGAGGAAAACAUUACCUAUCUACUCAUUUCGUGAGAGGUUGCUCCAAGAUGUUGAAAAAAAUCAGAUACUUAUUAUUGUGGGCGAAACUGGAUCUGGAAAAACUACACAGAUACCUCAAUAUCUACACGAGGCCGGGUACACAAAGGGAGGAAAGAAGAUUGGGUGCACACAACCACGGCGAAUUGCUGCUAUGAGCGUUGCUGCCAGGGUUUCUCAAGAGAUGGGUGUCAAGCUUGGGCAUGACGUCGGUUAUUCCAUCCGUUUCGAGGAUUGCACCUCGGAGAAGACUGUUCUGAAAUACAUGACAGAUGGAAUGCUGCUGCGAGAAUUCCUUGUUGAGCCAGAUUUGGCAAGCUACAGUGUGGUGAUGGUGGACGAGGCUCACGAGAGAACACUGUCAACGGAUGUUUUGUUAGGAUUGCUCAAGGACAUUGCACGUUACAGACCUGAUCUUAAACUGAUCAUUUCAAGUGCUACUCUCGAUGCUGAGAAGUUCAGUGACUUCUUUGAUUCCGCCAAGAUUUUAAGAAUCCCUGGGAGACGGUAUCCGGUUGAUAUACACUACAUGGAAGCACCGCAGGCUGAUUACCUAGAUGCAGCAAUUGUGGCUGCACUUCAAGUACACGUGACACAACCGCCUGGGGACAUAUUGGUUUUUCUCACUGGUCAGGAAGAAAUUGAAACCGCGGAGGAGAUAUUAAAACACAGGACAAGGGGGUUAGGGACGAAAAUUAGUGAGCUUAUAAUCUGUCCCAUAUAUGCAAACCUGCCCACGGAGCUGCAGGCUAAAAUCUUUGAGCCCACACCGGAAGGGGCUAGAAAAGUUGUCCUUGCUACAAAUAUUGCAGAGACCUCUCUAACUAUUGAUGGGAUCAAAUAUGUCAUUGACCCCGGCUUCAGCAAGAUGAAAUCUUAUAAUCCGAGGAGUGGGAUGGAGUCACUGCAAGUCACCCCGAUCUCAAAGGCAUCCUCCAUGCAAAGGGCAGGUCGGGCUGGUCGAACAGGCCACGGGAAGUGCUUCCGGUUAUACACUAGUUACAACUAUGACAGUGAUUUAGAUGAUACCACAGUUCCGGAAGUGCAGCGGACUAACCUCGCCAAUGUUGUUCUCACGCUCAAGAGCCUCGGCAUUCAUGACUUGGUGAAUUUCGAGUUCAUGGACCCUCCACCUUGUGAAGCAUUACUAAAAGCCCUGGAAUUGUUGUUUGCACUCGGUGCAUUAAACAAAGUGGGGGAGCUAACUAAAGUUGGUAGACGGAUGGCGGAGUUCCCUGUUGAUCCAAUGCUAUCUAAAAUGAUCGUUGCCUCGGACAAGUACAAGUGCUCAGAUGAGGUAAUCUCCAUUGCUGCCAUGCUUUCCACUGGUAGUUCAAUCUUCUAUCGUCCAAAAGACAAACAAGUACAUGCUGACACUGCAAGGUUGAGGUUUCACAGUGGGAAUGUGGGAGAUCACAUUGCAUUGCUUAAGGUUUACAAUGCAUGGAAAGAGGCAAAUUACUCGACGCAAUGGUGUUACGAGAACUAUAUACAAGUUAGGAGCAUGAAAAGAGCAAGAGACAUCCGUGAUCAACUUGAGCGCCUCUUGGAGAGGGUUGAGAUCAAGCUCAGUAGCUCAAAUGAUUUAGAGGCCAUAAAGAAGGCCGUUACAUCAGGAUUCUUCCCUCAUUGUGCUAGGCUGCAAAAGAAUGGGUCAUAUAGAACAAUCAAACAUCCGCACACUGCCCAUAUACACCCCAGCUCAGGGAUUAUGGCAUUGGAACAUCAUGUGCUUCCUAGAUGUGUUUUGUACCAUGAACUGGUACUGACUACCAAGGAAUAUAUGAGACAGGUCACAGAGAUAAAGCCGGAAUGGUUGGUUGAAAUAGCUCCACAUUAUUACCAGUUGAACGGCGUCGUUGAGGAGGAUUACUCAACUUCAAAGAAGAUGCCUCGUGGAAAAGGCCGUACAAGCACUUCAAAGCAAAUUCCUAGUCUUGUUGAUUACAGCAUAUGUGUAUGA